GAUGUGCAGCGGCGAACAGAGCAUGUCCAGACGAAGAUUCGCAUUGCCGCCGCUGAGUGCAAUGCACUUGAACAAAGAAUCGAAGGCUUGGCCCUUGCCCAUCGGCGGCGAGAGCUCGAGGUUGCUGAUGUUUGGCAGGACGUCGAAGCUGGGAUGGUCAGCGCACGGGAGGUGCUCAAGACGUCUGCCGACUUGCGAGAAAGCGGCCAGCAGGAGGUCACGGAAUUGGGUUGCUUGCAGAAGGAAGCAUGCCGGCAGGCUAUUGCCAUCCAGGUUCUCAGGCGGUGGCAUGAUGAGGCCGAAGCUCACCAUCCGAAGACCCGACUUGCGGUCCUAACAGCGCAGCUGGCUGACGAACGGCGCCGGCGUUCCAAGGAGAUUCAGCAGGAGAUGGACGAGAUUUCCAGAUUAGAAGAUCUGGUAAGUGAGUCACUGUCAGACUUCAUCCAAGUCGAUGGGUUAGGUGACCCCUUGGAAGCUUAUGUCCGCUUGGAAGAUGGCGAAACUUCGCCUUUGAAGUCUGCGUCUGCUGAACGCCACGAUGCUGCAAUGGCUGGAAUUGAGCGGAAGAUGGAAUGGCUGAAACUCCAACUGAAUGUGCUGGCCAUCGUGUUCUUCUUGAUUGGUGGCCUGUUGCUUUGGGCCUGGUACUAUGACCAGCUUCCACCAGAACAUCAACACGAGGUCUACCGGACUGCCCUGCUGGUAUCCAUUCCAGUAGUGGCUUUAUUCUUCACGUGGUUCCACAUAUGGCUAGCCAUCAAGAUGAUGUUCCUUCCAAUCAGAUUUUUUGGCAUUUGGCAGUACGCUAACACCGGCAUCGGCAUUGGCUGGCAGGGAGUCAUUCCGAGGAAAGCCGAGAAAAUGGGCAGGAUUGCGUUUAGUUGUGCAAGGCCGUAUCUCAUGGGGCCGAGUGACUGGUUUGCUCGCGUGGAUACGAGCUUGCUGUUUGCGAAGAUUCAUCCCAUGCUGGAGCGGGUCGCGCGGGCUUCCAUGGCAAGUGUGAUAAGACGCCACUUCCCGUCGAUGCUUGCCAAAGAUGGGCGCCUGCCUCCGAGCGUGGAAAACGAGCUGGUGUCAAUCGUAAUGGAGAAAAUCGAGGAAAGCUUUCCAGACAUGUGGCACAGAGUCACAACAAAGCUUUGUGAUCCUGUAAUAGGUCUUGACAACGACGGCAUGAUCGUGGCUGUUUUCAGCGAGCACAAGGAGCUCUUGAACCAUUUUUUCCUUUCCAUGGGAGACCGAGAGUUCCGUUUCAUUGAACGAUCUGGGGCGGUGCUGGGCUUUGUUUGUGGCCUCAUCCAGCUGCUUGCCUUCAACUACUUGGACGCAACAGGCAGGAUGAUACUACUGCCAGGAACAGGUUUCUUCCUGGGAAUAUUCACCAACUGGCUGGCAAUACAAAUGUGUUUCAAGCCGUGCCAUCCACGGCCUGUUCGGGUGUGUGGGUGGUACUUGGGCAGCAUCCAGGGCCUUUUUUUAAAGAGACAGAGGGACGUCGCAACUCUCUAUGCCAAGCUGCUGGUGGACCAUUUCUUCGAUUUUCACAAGGUGAUAUCAUACCUGCAAACCAUCCCCGUUUGGGCAGAUCUGCAGGACAUCUACAACCAGAACAUCCAGAACAUGAUGAAGCAGACCAUGGGCAAAGCGGGCACAUGGAUUGCUCCUGUCGCGAUUGGCUCUCACAAGCUGCAAGCAGUGCAGGAUGACUUGGUUGGUGCUUCCGCACAACGGAUUGCAGAGAACGAUGAGUUGCAGCAGGCGGCCUCGCAAUACCUGGCCGUGGCAACCGAUGUCUUUAGGUCGAAUGCUGUGGCCAUGCAGAAGAUGCCACCAGAUGAGUUUGAGCGUCUCCUGCACCCUGUCUUCCAAGAAGAUGA